AUGCACGAAAAGAACGGUACCACUGAGCGUAGGAGUACGCUUACUGAUGAACAGCUUCUCUAUGUCAAUGGCGAAUAUGUUAGACCAGAAGACGAUGCAAAGUUCGAAGUCCUGAAUCCUGCGACGGGUGGCAAGAUAUACGACUGCUCGUCAGCCGGUGUUCGAGAGUAUGAACUUGCAAUCAAAGCUGCGGACGCCGCCUUUACAUCUUGGUCCCAAACAGCACCCUCAGCAAGACGCUUGAUAUUCCUGAGAGCUGCCGAUACUCUUGAGCGUUAUUUGCAUGAUGAUGCACCUGAAAUUCUGUCAGCGGAGGUAUCCGCGGUUUCAAGCUGGAUUCGGGUCAACAUUAUGGCAACCGCGAACAUUCUUCGUGAGACUGCUGGUCAAGCAACACAAAUGAGGGGAGAGAUUGUGCCUGCUGAUCGCCCUGGUACCAUGAUUAUGAUCAUGCGGGAGGCGAUAGGAGUUGUCUUUGCCAUAAGUCCAUGGAACGCUCCGGUCAAUCUGACUGCCAGAGCCAUUGCGUCUCCCCUGAUAUGUGGAAACACGGUUGUUUUGAAACCUUCUGAAUUCAGUCCGAAAUCUCAACAUCUUGUUGUCCGGGCAUUUCAGGAAGCAGGGUUGCCAUCGGGAUGUCUUAACUUUCUGCCGACCAAAGCCUCAGAUGCAGCGAAAGUGACAGAAUACGCCACCAAGCAUUCAAAGGUUCGGAGACUGAACUAUACCGGAAGUGAUCGUGUUGGCAAGAUCAUUGCCGGAUGGGCAGCAUCGUGUCUCAAGCAAUGCGUUCUCGAGCUCGGAGGUAAGGCUCCGGUUAUCGUUCUGGAAGACGCGAACAUCGAAGAUGCUGUCGAGGCAGUGGUUUUCGGGGGCUUUUGCAACAGUGGUCAGAUAUGUAUGUCCACAGAGCGAGUCAUCGUUGAGAAGGCAAUUGAACAGAAAUUUACUGCGACGCUACUGGAGAAAGUGAAAACGAUAAACUGGGGUGACCAGGAAGGUGUAUCGAUGGCUGGACUGUAUACUCCACAGUCGGCUGAACGCUUUCUUGCCAUGAUCGAACAAGCAAUUGCGGACGGAGCAGAGCUGCUUGCUGGUGAUAGAAGCGCUUCAGGUCCAAAUCGCACUCUGGUCCAACCUCAUGUCCUGGGAAAGGUCACGCGAACCAUGGACGUUUUCAGAGAGGAGUCGUUCGGUCCUGUGCUGUGCCUGACUGUGGUUGAUUCUCAAGCCGAAGCAAUCGAGGUGGCGAACGAUUCGGAGUUCUCGCUGUCGGCGGCAGUGUUUUCUCAGGACAUCAUGAAGGCACUCUGGUUAGCCAAACAGGUACGGGCCGGUAGCUGCCACAUUAAUGGUCCAACAGUCUAUAUUGAGGCAACACUCCCAAAUGGUGGGACUGGUGGCCGAAGCGGAUAUGGCCGUUUGGGGGGGUCAGCAGGAAUUGAGGAGUAUACCGAGAGGAAGAUCAUUAGCUUGGCGCAGUCAGGUUUGAAGUGUGUAUUCUAG